CCCUACUUCCUCUAUUUCUGCGGUUAGAGGCCAACAAAAUGGGUGACGCUACACACACUAACAUCACAGUAGUCAUCGCUUGUAUAAAGGAGGGUGUUUGGAGGACCGUCAAAACAGACACAAUUUGACAGCUAGCAGAGAACUCCAACACUGAGUAAUACAUACAAAGAACCCAAUGAUCGUGUUCCCCCAAACAUGCUUAUCUUAGUCACAUCACCAUCAAGGAAACUGCAUCCACUCAACAUUGACAUGGAGGACAACAGAAGAAAGCAGACAAAGGGAUGCGACUUGAGGUCCCGACUACAACGCAGAUCUUCCCAUGCCCCUAACACUGAACGACUUAGUACUGAGGAAAUUAUCCUGUGGUCCCAGUCUUUGGAGAGACUUCUCACAUCAAAAUAUGGCAUGGCAACAUUUCAGGCCUUUCUGAAAUCAGAGUUCAGCGAUGAGAACAUUGAAUUCUGGCUGAUCUGUGAAGACUACAAGAAGAUUAAGUCCUCCUUCAGGCUGUCCUGCAGGGCCAAGAAGAUCUACAAGACAUUCAUUGAAGCUGAGGCUCCAAAAGAGAUCAACAUUGACCACAAGACCAGAGAUCUCAUUGGGCAGAAUGUGAAGACGCCCUCCACAGUUUGCUUCGACGAGGCCCAGAGGAUUGUAUACAGCCUGAUGGAGAAAGACUCCUACCCCAGGUUCCUCAGAUCCAACAUCUACAGGACCCUAUUGGACUCCGCAUCAGACUACACGAAGAUGUGAAUGAAUACCGAUGAUAGAAACUGAACUGAGGCUUCCAACAAUGGACUGCAAUGUUUCACAGCCAGGGAGCUUCUACAAACAGGAUUCAUAAGAAGAUGCUUCCGAGUGUGAAUUAUACUGGGUACAGAUGUACGAGGCCUAAGGGAAUGCUGGGAGGAACAUACAGAAGUGACUGUGCUGGCAAGCCUUGUUGACAUUUGUGUUCAGUCUAUGUACUUUCACUUGAAAGAGGAACAUAUGUCACAUAGAAGGGGACUAAAGAGACCAUAGAAAUAUAAUGUUGAUUCUAUUUCUACAACAGAGACGUGGUGGUGUCAGGGGAUUACCUUGCAUGGCAUGUUCUUGUUAGGGACUUUCUAAGUCAAAGUUCCGGGGAUGUUUAUUAUGUAGGAUCUAAACAGUCAGGGCUGUAACUGUAUGAGAAGGUAUCUGCAGUUGCACAUAAUCUGCAGGUCAUCAGUUGAGUUAUUUUAUAAUGCAUUUGAUGAGAUAAUCUACUAAAUUUGACCUUUUUAAAACCACAACAAUUUUAGAAUGGGUAAUUUUGUUUACUUUAACACAAUGAGGCAUGUUUGUCAUGUAAGCUUUAAAAAAAUAACAUUUUGGAGAAUUGAUUUUGUGAAGAAAUUACUGAAUGUAAAAAAUGCUCUAACACUGGACAUUUGUAAAAAUUAAGAUUUCUAUAGGUGUAUUUAUAAAAUGGCACAUGGUUUCCAAAUUCGAACAGCUAAAUUAUACAUUUAAUAAAAGCACAAAUUCACAAAAAUGUAAAUGCUUCAAUCCUUCAAAGCACUUUUAAAAUAUCCUAAAAUUUGACUGCGUUUGUUUGUUAGGACGCUUCCCAAACUUUACUGAAAGGGUAAUGUCACGAGGUGGAAAUAUGACAGGUUCUUUUGGAUCUGGGUUGAGCAGGUAAAAGCAGGAAACAAAGGACUAGUUUCAACAUUUAAUAAAUAAUAAGUAAAGGUUUACAUGUUUACCUUUUCAUCAGUGGCCUUUCUCAUGGCCCAGGAACAUUUACAAACCAUGCAAUUUAAAAUGGCACUAACAAACAAAUCAAAGUAACCAAAAGGCACAGGAAGUGGGGCAGUCCAGGAGGCAGAUGUCCAUCUUGUUUUUGUCAAACUCACAAGAAUCCAUUUCCCCUCCAUGCUCCCAGAAAUCACCAUCCCACUGGGCACAAACUGGUUGAAUAAACAUUGUUUCAAUGUAAUUUCUCAACUUAUUGUGAUGUGGAAAAUACAUUGAAUUUGAGCAAA